AUGACUGUUUCACCAUAUCAAUCACUAAUCAAGCCAGAUACUGAUACCAACAGAGAGGUUCCAACCAAACCAUUCAACUUGUCAAAAAACAUAACAGAGAGGUUUUCAUUAAAGGGAAAAGUCACUGUGAUUACCGGUGGUGCAGGCGCUAUUGGCUCUUCAAUUGCUGAAGGUUAUGCCCAAGCCGGUGGUGACGUUGUCAUUUUAGAUCAUGCUCACAGUGAUAACGGUUUAAGCAAGAGAUUGGCUACUGUCUAUGGGAUCAAAUCUCAAUUUUACCAAAUCGAUGUCACCAGUGCCGAACAAGUGAAGGAAGUUGUUGCCAAGAUUGAAGAGCAAUUUGGAACAAUUGAUGUUUUUGUGGCUAAUGCUGGUAUUGCGUGGUACACUGGAUCCAUUCUUAAUGAGGACUCUACUCCAGAAAACUGGAGAAAAGUAUUUGAUGUCAAUGUCAAUGGUGUCUUUUACUGUGCCAAAUAUGCUGGACAAAUUUUUAAAAAGAAAGGUUCUGGAUCAUUCAUCAUCACUGCCUCGAUGUCAGCUCACAUCAACAAUGUUCCAAACUAUCAAACUGCUUACAACUCAGCAAAGGCUGCCGUCAUGCACAUGGCUAAAGGUUUAGCUGUUGAAUUUGCAGGAUUUGCUAGAGUUAACUCAGUUAGUCCUGGUUACACAAACACAUUGUUAUCUGCCCCAAUACCGACUGAACAAAGAGCUAAAUGGUGGGGUCUUACGCCAAUGGGCAGAGAAGCUGAAACUGAUGAAUUAGUUGGUGCUUAUUUGUACUUGGCUAGUGAUGCAUCUAGUUUCACCAACGGUUCUGAUAUCAGAGUCGAUGGUGGUUAUUGCUGUGUAUAA